AUGGAGCAAGCAGAAGCAACGCAAUUCCUCGAAUCACUCCUCGGCAAAACAUUGCAUGUCACCAUUCCUGAUGGGCGCCUCUUCACAGGCACAUUCCAAUGUACCGACUGUGAUAGUAACGUCAUUCUAUCCAAUUCAUUCGAGUAUCGAAUGCCAUCCAAGGCCGUGGAGAAGGCUGCCAUAGAUGAAGUCACAUCUACCGGCCAGCCCAGGAAAGCUGACAUGACUUCGAGAUUCGUCGGCCUCAUAGUGAUUCCAGGAAAACAGAUCACGAAGAUGGAGGUGGAAGAAAAGAGGGACUGGCCUGCCAGUAGCGGACCGUCUCUGUCAAUUCGACCCAAACAAUGA